GACGGUCGUCAGGAGAGCUCGGGUGCACGCAGGCGCAGCGUGAUACAAGAGUGACAAACGGGUAGAUCAGGUAGUGCGGUCCAUAUCGGUGCACAGUUGUCUUUGAUCUGGAUGUCCUCGAGGGAUGCUCGGAGGGAGACUGUAGUCUGCACUCUUGCACGUGCUUUCUUUUCGACAACCUUCGCGUGCGCGUGUGUGUGUGUGUGGUUCAGCAGUGCACGGUCUCGUCUCUCCAGGCAACCAGGUGGGUGGUGAUGUAUUUGGCUCUAGUAAAUGAUGCGAAGAACUGGACCCUAGUCCUAGGAGAAAUUGUUGACCCAAGAUUUAGAAAGACAGAAAGAAGAAGUUAUGGUAUUCGUCCCCAAGAGGCAGCGCCAGUGUCUGUUCCCUGAGGAGCGUCUUUUGCAGAUAUUCGUGGAACACGCACGUGUGUAUAUUUAUGUACCCAGGCAACAUCAGUCUCCAGUGACUGCAACAAAGUGUAUCGUCAGAACAGCCUGCAAAAGGGAUUCACAAGGAACUGGACAGGUGCUGGUGUAUAAGACGAGGAGUGACAUACAGUGUAGAAGGGUCACACAAUAGAAGUGACCAUUAAACACACUUCUGAACAGCCAUGGGCCGGGGUGGACAAGGGGAAAAGGAAGAGAAAGAGGUGAAGGUGUACAGCUGGAAUGAAGUUCGAGAGCACAGUGGCAAUGAUAAAUGGCUGGUCAUUGAUGGUCAAGUCUACAACAUUACAGACUGGGUCAGGAAGCAUCCUGGAGGAAGUAGAGUCAUCUCCCAUUAUGCUGGUCAGGAUGCAACGGAUGCUUUCCGUGCAUUUCACAAUGACCUUAAGGCUGUUCAGAAAUACCUGAAGCCCAUCCAUUUGGGUUCUGUUAAACCAGAGGAGCAGCAAGUGCAAGCAAUCGACAGAGACUUUCGGGAACUCAGGAAAACCGCAGAGAAAAUGGAUCUGUUCAGGCCUAGCUACGCUUUCUUCUUCAUACAUCUGGCACACAUCAUAGCUUUCGAAGUUUUAGGCUACCUAGUCAUGAAACAGUUCGGAACUGGGUGGAUUCCUUAUCUCAUCACUCUUCUCUGUUGUACAAUUGUGCAGGCCCAAUCAGCAUGGCUUCAGCAUGACUUCGGACACUUGUCAGUCUUUAAGAAUAUGUUCAAACUGGAUCAACUGCUUCACUAUUUUACCAUGGGAUUUCUUAAGGGUGCCUCUCCACACUGGUGGAACCAUAUGCACUAUCAGCACCACGCCAAACCUAAUGUGAUUGACAAAGAUCCAGAUGUUCGAGUGGAAGCACUUUUUGUCAUUGGCAAGCAAAUGCCUGUGAAGAUUGCUAAGUCCAAGAAAAAGAGCAUGCCGUAUAACUGGCAACAUCACUACUUCUUCAUUGUUGGACCGCCUCUUUUAUUUCCUGUAUACUUCCAGUAUAUGCUAUUACGACAUAUAUUCACGAGGAAGUUAUGGCUGGAUCUUGUGGUUGUGGCAAUGUUCUUUGCACGUCUUUUCAUCCUAUAUUUUCCUAUGCUGGGUUGGGGCGUCAUUCCCUUUUAUUUCACUGUGAGGUGUCUUGAGAGCCACUGGUUCACGUGGGUUGCACAGUCCAACCACGUUCCAAUGGAUGUGAAGGCCGACGAGGCUGAGCCUUGGUUAAAGCUGCAGAUGCAUGCAACCUGUAAUGUGGAGCGCUCGCUGUUCAAUGACUGGUUUACAGGGCACCUCAACUUUCAGAUAGAACACCAUCUUUUUCCUACCAUGCCCCGUCAUAACCUUUACAAAAUUGCACCACUCGUCAAGUCAUUGUGUGAAAAGCAUGGAGUGAGUUACCAAGUUAAGAGUCUUUAUGGCGCCUUUGCUGAUAUUGUAAAAACUUUGCGUCAUUCUGGAGAGCUGUGGUAUUCCACAUAUAAAGCUUUCCAUUCUUCCUAAAGGUGACGGUUCACGACCUUCUGCAGUCAUCAUCUUCUUAAAUGGUAUCCUCAUUUCUUCAGUGGUAGUAACCUGGUAAUCCUCACAAACUUGUAUGGGAAUUACCCUUGAUAAACCAGAUUUUGUGUGCAUAGUAAAGAGCAUGUGAAAUAAUGACUUACAAACUUCACGUGAAAAAUUUGUCUGCUGUCAACAUUACUGCAAUCAAAAUUGUUUUUGGAUUAUGUAAGAGUUGUUUGUAUUCUGUAGUCAAAAAGAUGCAGCAUAACACAUGGAAUCUAAGUCAUGUUUCUGCCAGCUGUUGGUCAUCUGUUUUAUAAAUCAUCAUGCAGAGCCUAAGAACUGUCUUUAUACCUAUUUUGCAUCUCUGAUUGAUGAAAGGUUUAAAUUUUUUACAGUUUUAUGGAGCAAAGCUUUACAUGUAUGCAUUACUGCAGUUGUUACACUAUUUCCCCCACUAUUCUCUUUCACUAUCAUUCAAGGAUGCUUCAUAGUCAUUUAUUCUGCUUUUAGUCAACCUUCUGCAGUUCCACCUCCAACUUAACCGUUUUCGUACCCCUAACAACCCCUCCCCCUUUGUAAAAUAAGUAGAACAGUGUUCUGCAAGACCAUGACACUAUUGAGCAAAUGUUUGUGUAGAUCUUUGUAUGUUUGCUUAAUGUAGCUUGAGAGUGUGCUUCUAAUGCCUGUUCAUUCUUCCUUUAGAUGUUUUGGAGGUUUUCUUUCUGAAGUACUCAGUUAAUAUAAUAGUUACCAUGUUUUUAUUUUCUACAGGUGUAUGUACUAUACCAGCAGUUGUUUAAAAUAUGGAAUCUUGUUUGAUGCAUUAUUUGUUGCUAAAAGGAUUGUCCCUAUUUUGUAAAAUGAAAAUUGAUUUGGACUUGAAUUUUGUAGAUGAAGUUAAGCUAGUUAUUGGUGAAUUUGUGCGAGAUUUCUUAUGUUUGCCAUUAUGACUUUUUCAUGAUGGCUUCUGAGUGGGAAAUGGGAAGGAGUCAGUUGCGUAGAGGGUGACUGUAAUUUAUAACUAGAGAGUUGUUUUUAUAUUUAUAGCACUUGUUUGUAUCAUGUGCAAGUGUGAUAAUGGCAUUGUAAUUUAGCCUGUUUGUGUCAUUUCAGUUUUAUGACCAGGUGGAGGGUGAAGAAAUUUCCUUACUUGUGGAUCCUCCAGCAGAAUUUUGUUUGUGUGUGUUGGAGGUAAUAGGUUUUUGAAAGCUGCAGGUCAGCAGCCAAACUAGAGCUAGAUGCAAACUAGAGGAGAAAAGUAAAGUACCAAAGGGUUUGCAUUAGUUACUCAAAAUAUGUGCCAACCACUGAGCUAUUUCUGUCAAGUUGUGGUGCAGUGUUCAACCUUCUGAAUGCAGAUUGCACCUUUUAAUUUCACCAUUUCUAUCUAACGGGGCAACAGGAAUUAAUAGAAGCCUAUACUUGACAGCCUGUGUGCAAUUUUCCCUGUGCUGUCCCUGAACUAAUCUGUGUGAAGAUGGGAAUUAAAAAAUGUGACAUUUUUCUUCCUUUUAGUCAAUUACUGUCAAGUAAAAAAGACCGCAUUUGUCUCAAGUGUUGAAAAAGUACAAACAAUUUAGCAACUAAAUGUUAAAGAGGUCUCAGUUGCUUAAAUAGUCAUGCAGUUAUUAACAUCCAGACCACUCUGUGGUCUCCAAAAUAAUCUGUUCACAGGAAAGUUGACAGCAGUGUUAAUAAAGCAUUGAUGGGUUGGAUUCUAACAAUAUUUCCCUACAAAUGGUUGAGGCUAAUGUUUUAUUAUUUUGUAUCAAAUUUCAAGAUGGGUAGCUUUUGUGGUGGUUAUUUUCAAUUUAUGAAAUUGACAGAAUAUGCCACAUUUUUGGCUACAGACAUUUAAACAAAUUGUUACAUCCCAUGCAGUUUGAUCUACGAAUUAAAAUGAGAAAGGUCACACACAAUAUAAUUAGUUUUUUCAUAUGUAGCAGAAUUAUAUUUUAUUGAAUUAUUCUUAUUGGAUGAGGUCAAGCAACAAAUUGUUAAAAACAAAUCUUUUCGCUUUAUAUCGAAUAAAAAGUGCUGUGAAAUAGCAGUGACAUGCCACCAUUCACGUCUUGCUGUUAUUUUUAUUGUAAAACAACAGCCUUGCCUUCCAAAAAUACCAAACUAGGAUGUGCAGUUACCAGCAAGUUGCCUGUAAACUCUGUGUGUCCACGACAAAAAGGAAUCCAUUUUUGUUCCACCUAUUGUAAGAUUGGCUCAAGUUUAGACUAAGCUACCCUUCUGACUUGCCAUGGAGAGAACUAGACACCAUUCUACACCUGUGUCCGUCUGGUUGCAUAUUGAUAAGACUGGGCAGUAUUUAUUGUAUAUUUUUGUCUACAUGGCAAUCUAUCCAUAAGGUAUAAUUUUGCAAACCUUUUAUUUCUGGCAAAAGCACACUAAGGCAAGUGAACGCAGUAUUGUAAAUAUUUUUGGGGUUUUGUUUUUGUUUUUUUUUUAGUGAAAAAUAUGAUUGUUGGCAUAAGAAUAACAUGUUUCAUUGAUUUAAAAAAAAGUGUGUUACCGAUUUCCAUCGUGACCUUUGCAGAUUUAGUGAUCAAUAAACAGCCAAGUAAAUGUCA